AACGACCGGAGCCUGGGGCCGCCGCCGCCUCCCCGCCGCUGCCAUGGACCGAGGCAGCCGCGCCCCCCCCGCGCCCCGCCGCGCCCCCGGGGUCCCACCGGCCCCGGUCUCCGCCGCUCCCGGGCGCUUGGCGGAGGCGGCGGCCGCACGGGGAGCGGAGCGGGCGGAGCUGGCGGCGCUCAACGAUCGUUUCGCGGCGUUCCUGGAACGGGUGCGGGCGUUGGAGCGGCAGAACGGGGCCCUGCGCUCCGCCCUGGGCCGCGCCGCCGCCGCCGCCGCCCCCCGAGCCGCGGGGCUGGUGAAGGGCGAGCUCCGGGGGCUGCGGGACCGGCUGCAGCGCCUCGGCCGGGACCGCGAUCGCCUCCAAGCCGAGCGCGACGGGCUGGCCGCCGAGCUGCGGGGGCUGCGGCAGCGGCUGGAAGAUGAGAUGCAGAAGCGGGAGGAUGCGGAGAAGAGCCUCGUGCUGUUCCGCAAGGACGUGGAUGACGCCACGCUGUCCCGCCUGGAGCUGGAGCGCAAAAUUGAGCUGCUGAUGGACGAGAUCGGCUUCCUGAAGAAGCUGCACGAGGAGGAGCUGCGGGACCUGGAGGUGAGCGCGCAGAGCCAGCAGGCGGAGGUGCAGGUGGAGCUCCGCCAGCCGGACCUGACGGCCGCGCUGCGCGACAUCCGCACCCAGUACGAGAGCAUCGCCGUGAAGAACCUGCAGGAAGCCGAGGAGUGGUACAAGUCGAAGUUCGCCGAUCUCUCAGACGCGGCCAACCGCAACCACGAGGCGCUGCGGCUGGCGAGGCAGGAGAUGAACGAGUCCCGGCGGCAGAUCCAGAGCCUCACCUGCGAGGUGGAUGGGCUGAAGGGCAUGAACGAGGCGCUGCAGCGGCAGAUGCGGGAGAUGGAGGACGAGUUCGGGGUGGAGAUCGGGAGCUACCAGGACGUGGUGGGGCGGCUGGAGCAGGAGAUCCAGCACAUGAAGGAGGAGAUGGCGCGGCACCUGCGCGAGUACCAGGACCUGCUCAACAUCAAGAUGGCCCUGGACAUCGAGAUCGCCACGUACCGCAAGCUGCUGGAGGGCGAGGAGAGCCGGGCCACCUUCCCCCUGCACCCCGCUGCCUCCUUCAGCACCAGAAGCUCAGUGCUUGAGCUGGAGCCGGUGCCGAGCCCCGUGCGGAGGAUGCUGCUCAUCAAAACCAUUGAGACGAGGGACGGGCAGCAGGUGGUGACGGAGUCGCACACGGAGCGAGCGGAGCCCAAGUGAGGGGGGGCUCCCGGUGCCCCCCCCCGGUGCUGCCCCCACCGACGGAGGCCAGAGCGGACCCCUGGGACUCCCCGGUGCGGGCCGGGGAGCGGGGCCGCCCCCCCGUGCCCCCCCCCGUAUUUAUCGCUGGUUAUCGCCCUUUGGUUCUCCCCGUGCCGCUGCCGCCGCGGGCGGAUUUUCCGUUGUACCGAGCGCGCCCCCCCCAACACCCCGCCCCGGUGCUGCCCCCCCGGGGGUGGGCAGGGGACGGGGAGGCCCUGGGGGGGGGGCCGGGUGCUGCACCCCCCCGUCGUCCCCGUUCGCGCUUGAGCGGCAAAUAAAGGCUGGAGCCCGGA